CGCACUUAAACGGUUAAACCCCUUUCUUUUUCUAUCCGGAGGUAGGCAUCCGAUAAACCCAAAAAAAAAAUGACUAUUUGUUGUGCCGCCGGUUUGGCUUCAGUCUUCACCAACGGUUUGGUCUCGUCGCUGCUAUGGACGUCGAAUCGCCGGAGCUUCGUCACCCCUGUCGCCCUCGCGCGCACGUUAGCAUAUUCCAGUGCCCUCAAGAAUCACCACAAAAACCUCAGGUGGAAUUCUAUCAACAAAGCCAGAACGUUCAUCUCUCAAUCCUCUGUUUCCUCAGACGUUCUCCCCACACCCAAUACUUCUUCAACUGAUGUCUAUCCUGAAUAUCGUAGCUUGCUUCCUUGCCCCUCACAAAAUGGCCCACCAAGAGUGGAACAUUUAGUUGUCAUGGAAGGAGGGCCAGUUCAUGAAUACAUUAGUAAAGCUUUGGAUCUUCCUCCUCCGUUUGUUGCAGAUCUCAUUCAUUUUGGAGCUGUAUAUUAUGCCCUUGUAUGUCCAAAGCCUCCUCCAAGUGCUACUCCAGAGCAAAUUAGGGUAUAUAAAGAAGUUACUGCUCCAUCAGUUCUCAAAAAGAGAUCUUCCAUUAAAGGAAAAACUGUACGAGAAGCACAGAAAACUUUCCGGAUAACUCAUGUUGAUGAAGUUGUUGAAGAUGGAACAUACCUACGAGUGCAUGUACACCCAAAACGCUUCCCGAGGUGCUACGAAAUUGAUUGGAGAUCAAGAAUUAUAGCUGUAUCUGAAUCCUAUGUGGUACUAGACAAGCCUGCGGGUACAUCUGUAGGGGGAACUACAGAUAACAUUGAAGAAAGCUGUGCAACAUUUGCUACUCGUGCCUUGGGACUAACAGACCCGUUGAAGACUACCCAUCAGAUUGAUAAUUGCACUGAAGGAUGUGUUGUUUUAGCUAGAACAAAGGAAUAUUGUUCAGUUUUUCAUGAAAAGAUCAGAGAGAAAAGGGUAAAAAAGCUUUAUCUUGCUCUUGCUGCCGCUCCUGUUCCAAUUGGAGUAAUUACCCACUACAUGCGUCCGAUUAACAUUGCCCCAAGACUUGUUUCUGAAGAUUUCAUUAAGGGGUGGAACUUGUGUCAACUUGAGAUCUUGGAAUGCAAGAAGGUUCCUUGGCCAAAUUCCUUAAUUGAAGAGAUGUAUAGCAUUGAGGAUUGUGGAUGGCCUUCAAAAGAUUUUGCAUACGAGUGUAUAAUCAACCUUUUGACAGGUCGGACUCAUCAGAUUCGAGCACAAUUGGCUGCCUGCAGUGCACCAAUUGUGGGUGACUCAAUGUACAUGCCAGCUGCAAUUCAAGAGAUGAGCACUCCUGGAGUUAACCCAUUUGGCAAGUACAAGAAACAAUAUACAAGUGAGGGUGAUAAAGCAAUGGCUGUUCAAGAGUGGAUGACACAGCAUGGGAAGGAACCUGGUGUUGCUAUUGGUCUUCAAGCAUGUCAGAUUUCAUGGGAUGACGGAGAGCACUUUUACCAGGCUGGAUCUCCAUGGUGGAGAUGAAAAGAGUUAGAUCUGCUAACAAGUGCUGCUGGAUCAGGUCUCCUACAAUUCUUCGUUUUCCUUCACAUAAAUCAUGAGGAUAUUUAAGUUGCCAGUUAUGUAAUCUACUCACUUGACAUCAUAGAGAAAUGAUUCAGUGGAGGUGCUAGGAUUGUUCUCCCAAAAUACCGCAAAGCCUGUUGCACUUGUAUCAGAAGUGUGCGGAAAAAAAGUGCGUCAAGAAGACUCCCAAAUCUGUGAUUGAUUCACCAUAUUCUGUACCCAUUGUGUGAAUUAUUCCCUCUGCUACUGCGGUAACAGUUUCUUGAAUCCUUGGUGCACGUGAAAGCCUUUAUUAUGCAGUAUAGACAUACAAAGCUUCUCAUAGUCUAUUGAGCUCGUAUGGUAAUGUUUGUUGAUGGUGACUGGUUUAGGUUGCUUACAUAUUAAUGGAGACACCAUCCUCUGCUGAAGUUUUUCCCGUCA